AUGUUACCCUCCGCACUCAGCACUUCCAACCUCAGCGCCCACCACAAACCAUGGCCGCUCUCCACCUCGCGCCCCAGCAUUAAGACUCUGCACCAUCGCGACGACACGCCUGCGCGCUCGACUCCCGGCCUCAUGACCGACGAUGCUACAAUGGGGGACUCGGCCGCCGUACAUCUCGAUGGAGAUAUCGAUGAGCACCGGAGACAGCUGUUCAAAGACCUCUAUCUGCGGUCCGAGGCAAAGAUAGCUGGCUUGUUUGGCGGCUCGGGCCCCUUGGAGCAGGGCCAGGGAGAGGAGAAUGCGGCUGCCGACGCGCAAUUGGCCAUCGAGGAUUCCCAUGCCGCGGAACUUGCUACAAUCGAGUAUGCGCCUAAGAAGGCAGCCCGAACUAUCGAUGAAGACAACUAUGAUGAUGACGAUGACGAUGAAGGUGAAGGUGGGCGAGACUCUCCGGCCAAGAUCACGAGCGAGAAUGCCUUACUGUCCCCCUCGAAAUCCGGCAGCUCUCCCGUCUCAUCUGGCCUAUCUCCCACGAAGCAGCUCAAUUCUCACAAGGAAGAUGCUGCGGUGGCGGAGCCACAAUCGUCUGAGGAUGCGCGGAAGCAGCUGGAGGAAGCUAAGAAGGCAAACGAGGAGGCCGUGAAGCGCAGUUUCAACACGCUGUUCUACACUUUGGAAAAUGACCGCAUGGCUAUGCUGGAGCAGCAGAAGCUCGAGGAGUCCGAGAAGCAGAUCGAUGCAGAGAUGCACCACGAAGGAAACAAUAACAAUGCUCAAGGCGCAAAUGGCCAGCAGUAUGGGUCCCUGAGCAAUGCCAACCUGGGUGCAUCGAGUCUAACAUUGAAGCAUCUCAUCAACCGGAUCGACCUCAAGCGGCACCAGGUGCAAGCUUCUGAUGCCGAACUGCGUUCUCUCAUAAAUGAAGUCCGCAAGAAUAGAUCUAAAUGGGCAAGCGAGGAGCACGUUAACCAGGAGGAGCUGUACGAAGCCGCAGAGAAGAUUCUGGGUGACCUCAAGGCCCGGACGGAGUUUUCUACCCCCUUCCUCACCCGAGUAAACAAGCGAGAUGCGCCCGACUACUACAACAUUAUCAAACACCCCAUGGACCUUGGGACAAUGACCAAAAAGCUCAAGACACUAUCAUACAAAUCGAAAGAGGAUUUUGUGAAAGAUUUGACGUUAAUUUGGAAUAAUUGCCUUGCAUAUAAUGCCAGCCCAGAUCACCCGUUACGGAUCAGCGCAAACGCCUUGAGGAAGGAGGCAGAGAAAUUAAUCCCUCUGAUACCCGAUCUUGCGAUCCGGCCCAGAGCAGAAGUGGAAGCCGAGGAACGCCGCAAGCAAAAUGGAGAUGAUGACGCUGGUGAAGACAGCGACGAUGAACCCAUUAUGUCUUCCCGGGGCCGGAAAGCUGGUGUCGGAGCCAAAGGCACUAAGGCCCGGAAGGCUCGAGAAGAGAGCACUCCUGUGGUCGACCAGAAGCCUACCCUUCAGCUCAACGGCCUCCUUGGUAGCAUUGGUAACGACGGAUCUGAUGCUGGGUUUGAUGGCAGCCAAAACGGAUUUGCGACCCCGCCAAUCGGAUGCAACACAUACACGGGAAUCAACGGCAUCAUGGGCCAUGGGAGUCAAGCUGAUGGAGAUCUUGACGAGCCUUCUAUCAAUGGAAUCUCGCUAGGUCAAGCGCUAGGAGCUGCUGCGGAUGAUUCCCGAGACGAUGAGGAAUUCAAAAUCUGGAAGCAAGUGACGAAGAAAGAUCGAGCACUCGUAGCUAAGGAGAGACAUCGACUUUUCCGGGGCGAUAGACUCAACCCCGAAGAACCUGCGUUACUUCGAUCCAAGGCGGGAAUGAGAAGAUGGCUUCGGCAGCAAAAGCAAGCGAACGGCAAUGAUUCACUCCCAGACCCCAACGGAAAGGCAAAAGACGCUCACCAGGGAGUCGAGACUCUGGCGGAGGGAAUGGAGGGUGAAGAGGAACUAGUCCUCCCUGAUUACUACGAUAUGCUCUCGGCAAUUCCCGAUAUCAACCCAAAGCUUCAGUGGGUUGAAGAUGCUGAUGGCCAGCUCGUCGAUCCGAAUGAAGAAUUCUUACGAAUGGUCCCGGCUGGAUUGUUUCAGGCUCCCAAAAGUGCCUUGUCACAAAGAGUCGAAGGCAACAUGCGGCAGAUGCAGGAGACGAGAAAGUUGUGCUCGAAGAUUGGCGUCAUUAAGCAGAUGCAAUUGCAAGCACAGAUGUAUAACAACCAAUUUCCAAAAUACGAGCCUGAACCUUUCGUAGAGGCCGAUAUCGAGCCUCAUGUCACAUCAGACGACGGACCGAUCAUGGCAACCUGGGUUUGCAAGGCAGCUAUGCAACGAUCAGUCGCGAAGCUCUGCUAUCAUGCUGGUUUUGAGGAAUUGCAGCCAAGCGCGCUAGACGUCAUUACUGAUAUUGCAGGAGAUUUUUUUGGUAAACUGGUACAGACAUUCAAUGUCUAUCGGGAGGCGCCAAGGAUACCUACCAUCACCGGAUCUUUGGAUGCAGGCUCAAAAUGGCAGGCGCGCUUCACAGACGAGGAAGUGGUUCUCCACACCCUCAGCGAAAACGGGGCGAAUCUUGAAAGCCUAGAAGUCUACGUCAAAGAUGAUGUGGAGCGCCUCGCAACCAAGCUCGGGGUUGUGCACGACCGCAUGAAAGCGCAUCUUUCGGACCUCCUACGACCCGCACUGACCGAUGGCGGCGCAGAUGGAUCUGGGGCAUUCAAAGAUGGGAGCGAGCAGUUCGUUGGAGGCGACUUCGCCGAAGAGCUUGGUGAAGAUUUCUUCGGCUUCAAAGCCCUCGGUCUGGACAGCGAGUUUGGGCUGGCGAGUCUUUCGGUGCCUCUACAUCUCCUGCACACGAGACUGUACCAGAGUCAGCCAAGCGCUGUUAUCCAAAAUGCCUCGGCCGAUAUCUUUGAACCCCUCCAACCUUUGGAUCCUGUCACGUUCGAGAAUAUCCACGACGAGAUCGGUCUCGUCAAGCAAUGGUUCCUCUCAAAAUUGCAUGCCAACAAACGCCAGCCACUGACGGAAGACGACGACCUACCCAUUAAGCAGAGGCCUACCAAACCUCGCCUUCCUCCUACAGGAAAGAUCACCACUCCUCGCAAACGCACGCUGAAAGACCAACCCGGCAAUUCCAAGAAAAAGAAGAAGUUGGAUCACGGCACAGCUUUGGAUCCGGCGAUCGGUGCCAAGAUGGGCGUCAGCGGCAGCCCGGAAAAGCCAGGCGCGGUCAAGAAGCUGAAGGCACUGCCUAAUGGCGGGGCGGUGUCUAUGGAGCGCGCGGAGAGCAGUCAGGGCAACAUGAGCCAGACGGAGAAGGAUGACGUGAGCGCUGUAGGUAUGAUGAGCCCAGAGAGCAUCGAGCGGUGA